AUGGUGCGUUGUAGAGAUUCAAUAAGCAAUUUGCCUGAUGAGAUUCUGGGAAAAAUCCUGUCUUUACUUCCGACAAAAGUGGGUGCUUCGACAUCGAUUCUGUCCAAGAGGUGGAGGAAUCUGCUGGGUCUUGUAGACGAGCUUAGUUUUGAUGACGAUGUGAAAUUUUCGUACCCCAGCGAAGAAGAAGCGAGGAGAGGGUACGUGGACAAAACAUGUGCUCUGAUAAGCAAUAUCCCCAUGAUCAAGAAACCCUCUCUGUGUCAUGUACCUGAGAGAAGUUUGGAGGGUAACGAAUCUGAGUGGACGUACAAUUGUGUCAACCGUUGGGUUCGGACUGCAAUGGAAUCCGGUGUGUUGGAGCUGCACCUGGAAGCUCUCCUCUCUUCUGGUAUUUGUAUCAAGUCAAAGCUGUUGAGGAGCAACACACUGGUGAAGCUCACACUAACCGGUGAAAUUUCUCUUGAAGCCGAGCGUGUGUUUCUCCCAGCGCUUAAAUCACUCUCUCUCUUAUCAGUUUCGUUUGAGUAUGACCAAUACUGUUGGCUCCUCGAUGGCUGCCCUGCCCUGGAAGAGUUGUUCAUAACCGAUGCUGAUCAUUGGUAUCCGCCGUGCUGCGGUGCCGGCGUGCAAAGUGCUUCCGUCAAGCGACUUGUGGUUCUUGUCCAUCUUCCGGAUAUUCAACAGCAUCACGACUUGAUGUGUUUCGAUACACCAAGUCUUUUGUACCUUGACUAUUCCACUUACGUCUUCGGAAACCAUGUGUUUACUGGUUUUGAUUCGCUUGUUGAAGCCAGGCUGAGUCUCAGGUUAUGGGGGCCAACUACCGAUUAUGAUUAUUCUGAUUCUGACGAUGAUAAUGGCGAUGUUGAUGAUGAUGAUGAUGAUGAUUAUGAUGACGACUACCAGAUUACGACCAUUCCCCAUAAAAAACCAAAGCCUGUUAUCUUUGGCGAUGUUACAGGUAUAGUCGCGGGUAUAAGCAACAUUACGACCCUUCACCUUUCUCCUGAUUCCCUUGAGACAUUUCACUUCUGUUGCAAAUCCCUGCCGGUGUUCCGAAACCUCGUUAACUUAUCUGUCGAGAGUCACAAGGAGAAAGGUUGGCAAGUAAUGCCACUUUUGCUGAGGAGAUGUCCCAAUCUCCACACUUUAGUCAUCCAGGGACUUGUGCAUAGAGUAACAGACAGAUGCGGAGAUGCAUGCGCUUGCAUCCCUAAGAAGCAGAGGAAACUUGUGAUGCCGGAAGAGGAGAUGUGCUGUUUACGGACAUGUCAAGUGAAGAUGCUAGUGAUUUCAGGGUAUGGAGGUUCUUUUCAAGAGCUGAAACAGAUGAGUCAUUUCUUGGGAAAGCUGGAAUAUCUUCAAACUGUGAAAGUUGGUCUUGACGCAGACAACAACAACAAGUUCUUGCGAGCUAAACUGCUGGCUCUCCCCAGACUCUCAUCAGAGUGCAACAUCCAGUUCAUCUGA